AUGAUGAGACAAUAUAAAUGGUGGCUAGUUAGUUUGGUUUACACUAUUGUUUUUGUUUAUUUAUUAAAUAAUGUUAGUGAUAUUCAGAGACAACAAAAACUAAAGUUGCACCAAAAACAUUUAAAUGUUGUUGAUUUGAAUAAUAAUAAUAAUAAUAUUAAUAAUAAUGUAUCAUUGGAAAAAACAACAAGUAGUAAUGUGACAGUCGUGACAAACCCCUCUUCUACUCCCUCUACUCCCUCUACAUUAUUAUCAUCAUCAUCUUCUUCAACAUCCUUGUCAAAGUGGGAUCAAUUGAUUGACCAAAGUUUGAUGAAUAAGAGUACAUUAUUUAUUUGUGGUAAAGAGUUUGGACAGACUUCACUGUUGGCAAGAAAAUAUUAUUGUGGUGAUAGUGUUGGAUGGACGGAAUGGACAAGUGACGAGUCAUUGUUGGAGCAAUCAAACGGACAAGUAUACUUUGGUGCAGAUGUAUCUCACAGGCUCUACACCAACUCACAUUCUCCCAAGACUAGGGAUAGGGAUCCAAUCAAGAUUGAUGAACUUGCAUCGAGAGCUGUCAGAGUGUAUUUCAAUCUAGAACCACCUGAUUCACCCAUCUACUCUGCUUGUGAUCGGUCAGCUCGGUGCAUGGGACUAUUCAACUGGUCAAUCGGAUGGCAAGAUCGCGAUGUUAUUAAAUUACCUGUAUUCUCUAGAAAUGGAUUAUUGUCAUUGGAAGAGUCUGGAGCGGGAGGAUAUGAUUUUAAUUACUAUAAAGAUUUACAUUCACAAAAGAGUCAUGAUAGACUUGUCUCAUGGAUGGCAUACUCUUGUAGUAAUGAGACGACUGACAAGCCAUUCCCUCGAACUCUCUAUGUCGGAGAGUUAAUGAAACAUUGCAAAGUUGAUAGUUAUGGAAGAUGUCUAAACAACAAGGAAAUGCCGGUUGGCGGAGACCGCAACUCUCAAAAUGCAUCGCUUGUCAAGAAAGAGGUUAUCUCUCAAUACAAGUUCUACCUUGCAUUCGAGAAUACCAAUUGUCCAGGAUACAUUUCCGAAAAGAUAUUUGAGUGUUAUGUGGCAGGAGUCGUUCCAGUCAUCUCUGCACACCCAUCUGUGCAUCGCCAACUGCCACCCGACUCUUACAUAGAUAUGGAACAAUUUGAUAGUAUCGGGGAUCUAGCAGCCUAUCUAAACUAUCUCAAUUAUAAUACAGACUUGUACAGCAGUUUUUUCAAUUGGAGAAGAGAUCCUGAAUACAUCAAACAAUGGAUCGAUUCAUUCCCAUCGACCAGAUAUGCAACCAUUGCUUGUCAACUACACAAACAUUAUCUAUCCUCAUUCACUACAACAGUUUCAAACAAACAUCCUUCUACUUUUACUCCUCCAACACACCCAUCAUAUUCCAUUAAAUAUGAUGCCAAGGAUGCCUCGUCAUGCUACCAACCAUUUGGUCUAGAAGACUUUCAAGUAAAUUGGUGUUAUCUAUCAAUCUUUUUCAUCGUAUUUGAUUAUGUUUUCAAUGUAUAUCUUAAUAUUAGACAAUCUAGAAAGUUAAGGAUCACAAAGAUACCUCCUCAACUCGAUGCUUACGAAAUAACUACUCCUGAUCAAUUCAUCAAAUCACAAGAUUAUGGUUAUGAUAAACUUAUAUUUUCAACAUUCCACAUGACAUUUGGUGUUGUAACCAAUGUACUUUCAUUUAUGUAUGGUUUAAAUCCUUUAGUAUGGAAAUUAUCAAAAUGGAUUCUUAACAAUCAUAUUUAUGAAACUGAUAAUGAGAUUAUAAUUUCAAUUGCAUUUUUGUUUAUUUAUUCAUUAUUCAAUACUAUUACUGAAUUACCAUUCAGUUUGUACAAGACAUUUGUUUUGGAAGAGAAACAUGGAUUCAAUAACACUACAAUUGGUCUUUUCAUCAAGGAUACCAUUAUUUCAUUGUUAUUGAUGGCUGCUAUUGGACCAAUCAUUAUUGGUGUUAUUGUUUAUGUCAUUCAAGCAACUGGUCCAUUGUUUUGGUUAUACACUUGGAUUGUAGUAUUUGCCAUUUCACUUAUUAUGAUGACCAUUUAUCCAACACUUAUUGCACCAUUAUUCAACAAGUACUCACCAGUUGAAGGAGAAUUAAAGGAAUCAAUUUUAGCACUUGCCAAGCGUGUCGAUUUCCCAGCCACCAAAUUGUUUGUCGUCGAUAAUUCAAAGCGUUCUGGUCACAUGAAUGCCUACUUUUAUGGUUUCUUUAAAAACAAGCGUAUUGUUUUGUACGACACCUUGAUCAAGGAACUUGAAGAAGAGGAUGUCCUUGCUGUACUUUGUCACGAGUUUGGACAUUACAAGAUGAGUCACACUCUUAGAUUAAUGGCACUACAACAAGUUUACAUUCUUGGAUUCUUUUACUUGUUUGGUCUCUUUAUGAACGAUGUCAAACUUUUCAAUGAUUUUGGAUUCCACCAAGAGACACCAGUUUUCGUUGGAUUAUUAUUGUUUGGUCUCAUCUUCCAUCCAGUCUCUCAAUUAUUCUCUUUUGUUGUUCAUAUUUUCUCUCGUAAAUUUGAAUAUGAAGCAGACAAGUAUGCAUUUGACUUUGGAUAUGAUUUAUCAAAUGGUUUGGCUAAAUUACAUAUUAAGGAUAGUUCUUCUUUAUUGGUUGAUACAAUCGUCUCGAUUAUAUUAAAUCAUUAA